AUGAGCGAGGCCCAGACCAAGGCGGCCACCUACGCCGCCCACGACCUCUCGCAUGCCGCCCUCGGCCAUGGCCCCUUGCGCGUCAGAGGAAACCGCUUCCUCGACCAACACGGCAGGACCCUCCUCCUUCGAGGAAUCAACGUGUCCGGCGCAAGCAAGCUCCCCACCACUCCAAACGGACUCUCCCACCUCUCCCAAGGCUUCUACAGUCACCGCUCCGUCUCCUUCAUCGGACGUCCCUUCCCCCUCGACCAGGCGCCCCUCCACCUGGCCCGCCUCAAGGCCUGGGGACUCACCCUCGUACGCCUCCUCGUCACCUGGGAGUCGAUCUCGCAUGCCGGCCCAAACCCAAACACCGACCUCGACCACGACUACAUCCACUACCUCACCCAGCUCAUCCAGCUCAUGCCAAAAUACGGCAUCAAGUGCUUCGUAUGCGCCCACCAGGACGUGUGGAGCCGUUUCAGCGGCGGCAGCGGCGCUCCCGGCUGGACUUUUGAAGCUGCCGGCCUCGACAUCCACGCAUUCACCCAGACGGGCGCCGCCUACGUCCACAGCCAGGACGAACUGCGCCGCGCCACCGCAAAGGCCAACAAGGCCGAGCCAAGCGGGCCCUUCCUCUGGCCUUCCGGCUACCAAAAGCUCGCCGCCUCGACCAUGGCCACCCUCUUUUGGGCAGGCGAUGCAUUUGCGCCCGACCUCGUCUGCACCCGCACCGCCCUCGACGGGUCAGGCCGCCACGAGGUCGUCUCCAUCCAGACCUUCCUUCAAGACGCUUACUUUGAGGCUUUUGGCCGGCUGUCCGAUGCCCUCUCCGGCCUGGAAGCUUGCAUCGGCUUCGAGGCCAUGAAUGAGCCGCAUCGCGGUCUCGUCAACCUUCACUCUUUCUACAAGUGGAACUACGACACCGACCUACACAUCGGCCACUAUCCGACCCUGGCCGAGGCGCUCGCCCUCGGCAGCGGACACGCUCAAAAGGUGCACUACUACGUCAAGACCUGGCCCAUGCCCACCCGCAUCUCCCAUCGCUCUCUUUUGGACCCUCAAGGACGCUCGGCCUGGCUUCCCGCCGAUGUGGUCUCGGCGCAAGGCGGUGUCGAUCGACCAAAAGGUAUGGGACGAUGUGUAUGGAAAGCACACGGCGUAUGGGAGUGGAACGACACCAAACAGGCCGCCGUCAUCCUACAGCACAGCUACUUUGACGAAGACCAUCGAAAGGGCAGAGAGGGACAGAGGGUGGAGUGGUACCGAGACUUCUACACACCCUUCCUCAAGCGCUUUCAUCAGAGAGUAAACCGGAAGGCGUCCAGCAACCUAUCCUUCCUCGAGCCGAUCCCGAACGAGUUUAUGCCUCCGUGGAAGCCGGCCGCCGCACUCGACGAAGAGGCCGCACGAGCUCUUCGCGAGGCGGCCACGGCCCAGUCGUACGCGGCCAAGACGCUGCUGGAAGAGGAGCGGCCGAGCAACCUCGUCUACGCGCCCCACUUCUACGACCUCAACGUUCUCUUUGGCAAGACGCACGCGUGGAUGAGCGUCAACGUCCAGGGACUGUCGAGGGGCAUGUUUGUACUAAAGGCCCUCUACUUUGGAGCGGACGGCCUGCGCAAAAACUACCGCACCCAACUCGCCAACAUCGUCCGGUACGCUCGAGCUUCGCUGGGCGCGUUGCCCAUCGUCAUUGGCGAGGUCGGCAUCCCAUACGACAUCAACAAGCGGCUGGCCUUUGCUACGGGCGACUUCUCCAAGCAGCGCGAGCUGAUGGACGCCCUCAUCGGUGCCAUGGAGGACAACCUGCUGCACUUUACCCUCUGGAACUAUAAUCCGGACAACCGCAUCGAGUAUGGCGACGGCUGGAACAACGAGGACUUUUCACUGACCAACGGCGGCUCGGACACCGGUCUCCCGGUCAAGCACGACUUCCGCAACCACUCCUUCGAGGGCGACGAGCUGUUCCGCGGAGGGAGGGUCUUAGACGUCGUGAUCCGACCAUACGCUGCCAAGGUGGCGGGGCAGCCGCUCAAGACGCAGUGGGACCAGAGGACGCUGAGAUAUGAAUUCGAGUGGGGCAACGUCCCGUCAUCUGCCACCGACGAUGAUGCAGGGGUGGACGAGGCUACCGACCGUAAGCGCAGGACCACCGAGAUCUUCCUUCCUGCUUAUCACUACAGGGGCAAGGAGUUCAGCGUCACUGUGAGCGAUGGCGAGUACACGCUCGAUGCCGAGAACCAGACCCUCUACAUCGUCCAUGCCAACAGGGAGCCGUUUGUCAAGCACAGGGCGACGAUCGAGCUGCGCGACGAGAGGGCGCACAUGCUGCAGCGGGUCCGUGAGCGGCGUCGGCAUGUGGGAUCCCGAUCGCCCCUGCCGGUAAGCCUGGAGCUGUGGCUCGAGUCGUGGACCGUGUCGCAGGUGCUCAGUAUCUCGAUAGUGGUGCUGGUGGCGCUCGUCGGCAUCGUGGCCAUCGACCAACACGUCGUUGCCACCCUCGAACGGUAG